GUGGUUCCGGGCGGAAGUGAGGCGCAGAGCGGAACGGCCUCUGGUGACAUUUUCUUGGGGCGGCGCGGACGACUGAAGGGAAUUGGUGGUGGAGGCUGCGGAGGCGGCGAGGUUCUCUUGGCCCCGGCGGGGGCGCUGACUGCGACCCUCUGCUGGUUGCCGGGAUUUGUGCCUAGAAAGAGAAGGCGGCGGCGGCCGAGGCGUCUCUAGUCACCGCGACCGGGAGAGUCCCGGCCGGGGGUCCGUGCGUGCCCCGACGGGGCGCGCGGAGCGGGUGAGAAGGUACGGCGCAGCAGCGGAGCGCAGGUUGCUUUCCUGUUGCAUCUUUGAUAUCGUUUCCUAGACUCUGCUCCAUGAUUUAACUUGAAAUUCUGAAAUGAAGAUGGAAGAGGCAGUGGGAAAAGUUGAAGAACUCAUUGAGUCUGAAGUCCCACCGAAAACAUCUGAACAAGAGACAGCCAAGGAGGAAGAUGGAUCUGUAGAACUGGAAUCUCAAGUUCAGAAAGAUGGUGUAGCAGAUUCUACAGUUCUUUCUUCAAUGCCUUGCUUGUUGAUGGAACUGAGAAGAGACUCUUCUGAGUCUCAAUUAGCAUCCACAGAGAGUGACAAGCCGACAACUGGUCGAGUUUAUGAGAGUGACUCCUCUAAUCAUUGCAUGCUUUCCCCUUCCUCUAGUGGUCACCUGGCUGAUUCAGAUACAUUGUCUUCUGCAGAAGAAAAUGAACCGUCCCAGGCAGAAACAGCAGUGGAAGGAGACCCUUCUGGAGUGUCUGGUGCCACAGUUGGGCGUAAGUCUAGGCGAUCCCGUUCUGAAAGUGAAACAUCUACUAUGGCUGCCAAGAAAAACCGGCAAUCCAGUGAUAAACAGAAUGGCCGAGUUGCCAAGGUUAAAGGUCAUCGGAGCCAAAAGCACAAGGAGCGGAUCAGACUACUGAGGCAGAAACGGGAGGCUGCUGCGAGAAAGAAGUACAACUUGCUGCAGGACAGUAGUACCAGUGACAGUGACCUGACUUGUGACUCAAGUACAAGCUCCUCAGAUGAUGAUGAAGAGGUUUCAGGGAGCAGCAAGACAAUCACUGCAGAGAUACCAGAUGGACCUCCAGUUGUAGCUCAUUAUGAUAUGUCUGACACCAGCUCUGACCCAGAAGUGGUAAAUGUGGACAAUUUAUUGGCGGCUGCAGUAGUUCAAGAGCACGCUAAUUCUGUAGGCGGCCAGGACACAGGAGCUACCUGGAGAACCAGCGGGCUGCAUGCCAAGGCAGGUCACUUGGAUCCAGGAUUCCUAGCAAGUGACAAAACAUCUGCUGGCAAUGCACCACUUAAUGAAGAAAUUAAUAUUGCCUCUUCAGAUAGUGAAGUAGAGAUUGUGGGUGUUCAGGAACAUGCGAGGUGUGUUCAUCCUAGAGGGGGUGUGAUUCAGAGUGUUUCUUCAUGGAAACAUGGCUCUGGCACACAGUAUGUUAGCACCCGGCAAAACCAGUCAUGGACUACUGUGACCCCCCAGCAGACUUGGGCUUCACCAGCAGAAGUUGUUGAUCUUACCUUGGAUGAGGAUAGCAGGCGUAAAUACCUACUGUAAUACAAUGUCACUGUGUUUCCUCUGCACUGUUUCCUCCCACUUCCCACUUCCUCCUCUUCUUUGUGACACAGAAGUUCAUUGUCAUAGCUUCAGCUUCAGAAGCUGUUUGUGGCAUUUGUAGAAUUGAAACUCAUGGAAACCUCUCCACACCUUGUUUUUUUUUUAUGUUUUUUUUUUUUUUUAAUUAAAAGAAGUCACUUAGGAAAAUAACUUAUCACAGAGAAAAUAAUUUCUUCUUUCCCUCAGUAGGAAUAUGAAAAUGAUGAAUUUCAUUAGACAACUUCAUUUUACUUGGUGACUUUUAAUCUUAGGAAAGUUGCCUUCCUUUUAGAAUAAUAGUUUAAUUGCCAAGUAAAGUGGAUUUCAGUUUCCGAAUCUUGUAUUUAUUUUUCUGUAUAAUGAAAUUAAUAUCUAGAUUUGACCACUAUCUGCCCACUUCAUUGUAACUCCCACCUUAGGGCAUUCGCACACAUAUCACUCAGGUCCUUAUUGGCACCUGAUAGGGCAUGUGUAUUUUAAAAUCUGUCCUUAAAAAUAGAAGACAGAAGUAUUACAAGUGUUUUGUUCUUUCAGCUUAAGUCUUCUGCCUUCUUUCCUGACUUUACUCCUGGUUGACUUCCUCACAACACAAAUAAUUGACAUGCCCCUUUGUAUUUCUAAAUACUGUUAAGGUGACUUAGUUAGUCUCCUUGCUGCAAUAAUUCAUAAUGUUCUAAAGAAUGUCUCCUUUGGAGCAGAAGCAUUCUGGAUUGGUAACCAUCAAGAGGUUUUCUGGGCAUGUGGAGAGAGUAUUGAGAGAUCAGUGGGAAAGUCUUUUUUCUUUAACUUUUUUCCCUGAUUUAUUAAAAUAAUGGGAGAACUUAGAAAACUAUUACCUAGGAAGACUAUGAAAAACUGUGUGGCUUCUGAGUCUUCAGGCGCUUGCAAGUCUUGAGAGAAAAGUACCUUUUUUCAGAGCUGAUCUCUCCAUAAGGCGUGUAUGACAACUGUUCAGUACCUACACUGAACUGGACCUGAUAUCAUAUUUGGGUAUAUUUUUUCUCUUCCUUCUAAAAAAAAAAAAUCAUAAGAAAAAACAAGUCAUAAGAAGUCAGUGCAAACCAUAUUAAUGGCACUGUAAGUCUCACAGUAUCAAAAAGUAAUAAUAGCAAAGGGUAGUUGAAACUUCAGGGAAUUCAGGAAAUGCCAGCAUUGGAGUUUUGUGGCAUUAGUUACUACCUUUUUUCCUAUAACACGUAGAUACUAGUGAAUUAUUUUAAAAGCAAUACCUAGAGUUAGAACACUAUGUAUUGUGCACAUGGAGGUGUGAAGUAAUAUUGGCUCAGAAGACUUCACCUUUUGUUUUUCAGUGUUUUUGUUUGCUUCUUAAAUUGUGUUUUUGUUUCCAUUGUUAUGGUAUGAAGUUGCUAUGCCCUUUGCUUUUUUCCCCAAAUGCCUUGGUGGCUCUUACUGAUCAUAAGACCACGAGAUCUGCCGUUUUCAGUUUCCAUUCAGUGAACACAUAUUUACCAAGUGCCUGCUCUGCAUCAAGCACUGUGCAGGGUGGGUGCAUGGAAGCCCUGAGAUGAAUGAAGGCACAGCUUGCAUGUGCAUGCAUCAGAGUCUGCCUGGCUCUACCUGCCUGGCCUUUUCUUCUUUUUUUUAAAUAUAAAGACAAGUUUAUUCCUUUACCCUACUUCCUGUUACUUGAGUUCUUCUGUAUGCCCCUUUUUCUACAGAAAUGUACUUCAGCAUGUGUUCUUUGAUUUUUCUAUUAGCAUCUCAUUUGAUCUGGCCUCUGUUCUUCUCCAACUUUUGAUUUUUUUCCAACCUACUUUUAAUUGGUCAGGCCUUUAAGAUCAUGAACCUCCAAUUCUAGCGCCUCAUGUAUCAUUCUUUCACAUGGCUGUAAUCCUAGACAAAAACCAAAGACCCAGAGGCCAGAGCGAAACAGGACCUUCUGAAGAUUCACUACUGGUGUAUCCUUGGACCUUCACAUCUUACUUUAGGAUUAAUUUAUUGAAUUUUACUGUUACACAUUUUUUUUUACUUGAAUUAAAAUACUAGACAAAGCAGAAAUGUACAAUUUCUGGUCUGUGUUUUCCAGGAAAAUCAUUGGGAAGAGAGUAGAGUGGAGUAUAUAACUUGAAGUUCUUGCAGCUUAUUUUCCCCCCAGUAUCAGGUCACAGCCCCAUUUUAAAGAAUGUUUCUCGUAUUAUCUAUUUUAAUGUUAAUAGUAUGUUUUGUCCAGUUAUUUCCCAUGACACAUUUUCUUUAGCCCCUAAUAGUCAUCCUCUAAGAAGAAUACUUUCUGGUGUGCUUUGUGCACUGUGGAUUGGGGAAGAAGUUGGAUUGCAACCAAGCCCUUUUCUGACCUUUUGCUUUUACAUUAGGUUGCAGUUUUUUUCCUCACUUGUUCUGUUUCCAGCUUCUUCAUUACCUCACCUGAUAUACCAGAGCAAAGAUUCAAGCAUUAAGGUGCAAAAAGGGAAAGGGAAGGGAUGUUAGAGGCAGUGAGCUUUUUCCCCUACCUAUUAGGUUGGGACUUUUCCACCUAACAACUAGAGGAUGUUUCAGCUCUUCAUUCAUUGCUAUUUCUAGAAGAGUGGAGAUGUGGUUUCAGGCAAGGUAUUAGUGAUAAAAUUCUUUGAUACACAACUCACGUGACAUUUGAAAUUUCUUUUAAAGGAAUCGUUUUCUUAACCAAACUUUUGCAUUUGGUAAUGUAAGUAGUUAUGCUUACAGGACUUUUUUCAAAGUAAUAUCUCUGUUACACUCGUACAGCUGGGUCAUAGAUUGGCUGAUCCCACCAACUUGAUUAAAUUCUCUGCCCCUCCAAUUUGAAAAAAUAGACCAGCAAUCUAGCUAUGCAUCAUCAUGACUGCCCUGUAAUUUUAAAUUGCUGCUCACCAGUAUUGUCUUUUCAUUUUGAUGGUGGGGCCAGACCGAGUGGACUUCAGAAUUUACGAUUGAGCAUCCCAUAAACUGUUUUUGUUGUUACCAGUUGCGAACACAAACCAUAUGAUUUGAUAAUUUAGCCAUUUGGUCAUCUUUACUUUUGCAGAUUAACACCAUACAUAACUUAAAAUAAUUGUGUUGCCUGCUUUUUUUAUACCACGUCACAGGUGUUUGAAAAAGCUUGGGACACAGUUUUGUCUUUUAAUCUUUUUGUUUUCAUAAAGGCAAAGAACAGAGCCCCUAAUCCCUGUUCUCCAGUACGUGUAUAUAUAAAAAUGAUUGCACCCUAACCAAACUUCCUCAUAUUGUGCACUGUUUGUUUAAAAUAAUCACGUAUUUUAGUCCAA